AGUUCCAUCAUCGGCAUCGUUCAGUUCAGUUUAAGUGGUCUACCAGUGCGUUCCCGUCUUCAACGAUCAAAUUCAGCAACUUUUUUUUAUAUCUACUAACCACCCAACCUACCACAAUCCACUCGACGAGUGCGAACCAGUUUGGAUCUGCUCCAGAACUUGGAAAAAACUUCAACUGUGAUACCCAGCAAGGAGUAGUUCCAAAGGGACCCCAUCCCGGAGAAGAAAAGCCAAAAAAUCCUAGUGAUAUUUUCCGUUCCAGUUUCCUAAGCUACUAAACCAAAUCAAGUUUCCGUUCCAUUUCUCUUCUUGCGUUAAGUGCACGUGUGUGUGUCUUUGUGUGUGAACGCGUGUGAGCAUUUCAGUCUUCAAGACACACACACACACCCACCCACACAAGAGCUAAAACAGAAAACCUUUGCCAACAAGUAAAAAAGCCACGCUCCAGAGAUGGCACCCACCAUCCACAAGGAGGAGAAUUUCUCCACCACCAAUCUCAAGUGGAAGAUGACUCUCGUCCAGCCAUCCGGUGAACUGAGCGCCAAGAUCAAGGAGGAGUUGCGCGAGCCAGCAAACCCAGCCGACAUUGAUCGCGACAUUGGAAUCAUCCGCGAAUGGCUCGGCAAGCAGCCCCAUCUGCCAAAGGACAUGGACGAUGCCCGCCUGCGCACCUUCCUGCGCGGUUGCAAGUUCAGCCUGGAGCGCGUCAAGCAGAAGCUGGACAUGUACUACACCAUGCGCAAUGCCGUGCCGGAGUUCUUCACCGAGCGUGAUGUCACCCGUCAAGAGAUGUCCGAGGUUUUGAAUGUGGUUCACAUGCCGCCACUGCCAGGACUGACCCCAGCCGGUUGCCGUGUGGUGAUGCUCCGCGGUACCGACAAGGACAUCUCCACCCCGAACGUGAUCGAAUCAAUGAAGCUAACACUGAUGAUCGGUGACAUUCGGCUGGCCGAGGAAUCCGUCGGUGUCGCCGGUGAUGUCUACAUCCUGGACGCCAGCGUUGCCACCCCAACGCACUUUGCCAAAUUCACUCCCACACUGGUCAAGAAGUUCCUCAUCUGUGUCCAGGAGGCCUACCCAGUUAAACUGAAGGAAGUCCAUGUGGUCAACGUUUCGCCGAUCGUCGACACCAUCGUCAACUUUGUCAAGCCCUUCCUGAAGGAGAAGAUCCGCGAGCGUAUCCACAUCCACAGCAGCAUGGAAGAUCUGUACAAGUUCGUACCGAAGGCUAUGCUGCCAUCCGAGUACGGCGGUGACGCCGGAUCGAUCAAGGACCUGAACGAACAGUGGCGCGUCAAGCUGUCCGAGUACACCGCCUGGUUCAAAGAACAGGAAGAGAGCAAGGCCAACGAAUCGCUCAGACCUGGCGCCCCCAAGACCGCCGAUGAACUGUUCGGUAUGGACGGCACCUUCAGACAGCUGACCAUCGAUUAAACACCCAUCAUCAUCACCGUCCAUUAGUUCAUCCACCGAACUUCGCUCAUCCCCGUCCAAGAAACCAAAACUCAUCCCGAACCCAAAAAAAAAAUCAAAUUAACCCGCAUUAGCAAAAACAAAAAUCCAAUUAACCAAUCUCAUCUAACCCUUUCACCCCUUCCACGUUUUCAUACAAACCUAGUUAGCCAAAUUACUAAAAAAUAUACAAUAGGACGCUCUAAGAGGACGUUUGUAAGGAGAGUUCCAAUCCUCAACACUUUCAUCGAGUGAUUUGUUUUCGAUUAUUUGAAAAGCUUAGAAAAGAGUCAGAUUUCAGGACCCUAGGUCCCCCAUGUUUCCAUUUCGCAACGGAAUAACAAGUCUCGGAAAGUUGCCCUAAUCAACAGCUUUCACACGGCAUCCAUCGAAAUGUCACGAGAAAAGGAAAUCAUUUAGAGCAGUCAGUUUUUGUUGUAACAGUUUUGUUUUAUAUUUUUUGUACGUAUUUGCUAUUAAAGACUUUCUUGUUUAAAAGGAAA